UUCCGGUGUCAGGGGCUGCCUGUGAAACGGAGCGAAAAAAAAAGCGGGCAUAGUGGAAUUUUUAUUGUUUUCUGCUGUUCUAAAACUUCAGAAAGCUCAAAUAUUUACCUGAUCGGGGCAAACAAGUGCACCUUGUUGCUCAGAGAUUCCUAUUGAUUUGAAUUUUUCUUGAAAAAGACUCAUUCAUUCUUCGCUCGUAGCGGGCCUUUUCUUCUGGACUUUGCUAACGCUAGCAGGCUAAUACGAGCACGUUUUUGUUUAAUGAUUCUCUGUGUUACCUUAUAAAACAUACCAGACCGCUGAUGUGUAAACUUCUUAUUAACUUUUGUUAAGUUCAUUGGCACACAGGUUGCCAACUCAAGCUAACUAACUGCAGCUAUAACGCCGAGCUAUUGAUAUUUUUUAAGUGUUGCUCACUUUGUCGCUAGCUUAAGCUAGCCACCGCCGACUGAACAACGCAGCCCCUGAAAGCGUAGGCUUCAAUCCAGAAAUGUCGGACUACGACGAAUUCGAAAGACAGCUGUCUGAAAACAAACAAGCUGAAAGGGACAAAGAGAACCGCCAUCACCGGCGGUCCUCAUCCCGCAGCCGCAGCAGAGAGAGGAAGAGGAGGAGCAGAGACAGGGACAGACGCAGCCGAGACCGUCGUGGAGACAGUAAGGAGCGAAGACACAGGCGCAGCUCACCAUCCAGCUACCCCCAGGACAACGCUGGAAGCCGCUCUCCGCAUCGUGAGAAGAAGAAGAAGGUGAAGAAGUAUUGGGAUGUUCCUCCACCUGGUUUUGAACACAUCACCCCCAUGCAGUACAAAGCCAUGCAAGCUGCAGGACAAAUCCCAGCCACAGCCCUGCUGCCAACCAUGACUCCUGAUGGCCUGGCUGUUACUCCCACCCCUGUACCUGUGGUGGGCAGCCAGAUGACCCGACAGGCCCGUCGUCUUUAUGUCGGCAACAUCCCCUUUGGUAUCACAGAGGAGUCAAUGAUGGACUUCUUUAAUGCUCAGAUGCGUUUAGGGGGUCUUACUCAGGCCCCUGGAAAUCCAGUUCUUGCAGUGCAAAUCAACCAGGAUAAGAACUUUGCCUUCCUUGAGUUCCGUUCAGUGGAUGAAACGACUCAGGCCAUGGCCUUUGAUGGCAUCAUCUUUCAAGGCCAGAGUCUGAAAAUUCGUCGUCCACAUGAUUACCAGCCCCUGCCUGGCAUGAGCGAGAACCCCAGUGUCUAUGUGCCUGGUACACAGACAAUUAAUGGCGUUGUGUCCACAGUGGUGCCAGACUCUGCUCACAAACUCUUCAUUGGUGGUUUGCCCAACUACCUGAAUGAUGAUCAGGUGAAGGAGCUCUUGACAUCAUUUGGCCCUCUGAAGGCCUUCAACCUGGUGAAAGACAGUGCUACAGGCCUCUCUAAAGGAUAUGCUUUUUGUGAAUAUGUUGAUGUCAACCUGAACGAUCAGGCUAUUGCUGGACUGAAUGGCAUGCAGCUUGGAGACAAGAAGCUCCUGGUGCAGAGAGCCAGUGUGGGAUCCAAGAACGCCACUCUGACGACUAUAAACCAGACCCCGGUGACGCUGCAGGUUCCAGGUCUGAACAGCUCUGUCACUCAGAUGGGCGGCCUGCCCACUGAGGUUCUGUGUCUGAUGAACAUGGUGGCCCCCGAAGAGCUUUUGGACGAUGAAGAGUAUGAGGAGAUCGUGGAAGAUGUCAGGGAGGAGUGCGGCAAGUAUGGCCAAGUGAAGAGCAUCGAGAUCCCUCGUCCUGUGGACGGCCUGGAAAUCCCCGGGACUGGCAAGAUUUUUGUGGAGUUCACUUCAGUCUUCGACGCCCAGAAGGCCAUGCAGGGGCUGACGGGAAGAAAGUUUGCCAACAGGGUGGUGGUAACGAAAUACUGCGAUCCAGAUGCUUAUCACCGCCGGGACUUCUGGUAGAGGGGCCACGUGGGGUGGGGGGGGUGGGGGGGAGUGUAAGUGUACUACCCAUUUUCAGAUCAGCCCUUGGAGUGAUUUGACUGAGCAACAUUUCAAGUAGAUCUUGGACUGUUAAUUGAUAAAAAUGGCUUUGGUGAUAUCCAGUUUAUAAUUUGAGAUCUAUGUGACAUGUUUAGCAGUUCAAACCAGUAGUUGUGAUUGGAGAAAGGACAAGGUGUUUAUAUUAAAUGCGUUACUUUGAGCUAGGCUUGGAUUCUAGAUGAGUAGCCAGUUGGGCCGGGCCGGUUUUUGAGUAACGUGUAACAAGACAAGGGCGAAGGAGGGGGGAUUUUUUUUUUUAUUUUAUACGUUGUGAGACAGGGAUGUUUCUUUUUCGUUUGGGAGGAGGGAGCCACACUUCAAAGGUUUAUAUUUAAAUGGAGUCAGCCUGUUUUAAGUAAAUGAGAAAGAAACUGCAGUAUGGAGCUAUUUCUUAUUGAGAAGUGUUUGGGGGGAAACAGGAGUUUGUGAAAGGAGAUGAUGUGGAAGAUGAAGGGCAGUUUUGUUUAAACAUGUAGAUACACAGUAGCUGUAACACCCAUCUCACUAGAGAGACAAGAGGAGUUGGUUUUAUUUUAUUCCUUCAUUUUUAUCAAACAGCUGCCCCCUCCAGCAUGAUUGUCAUCUGAUUGGACUCAGUCUGAGUGUCAGCUGUAAAUGUUUUGAUACUGUGUGUAGCUUCACUGGUUCUGAGCUGUAAAAACCACCCUGUGUUUAAAGCUACAAAAUAACACAAACUGCUGAAGCAACACUUUCAAUGAUUCCUUUCUCUUCCUGCACAUUUUUUUCUUGUCUUUUGCAAACAGCUCUUAAAAGGUGAUAAAUCUUUUCAGCACUUUGGCCCUGAUUCAGUCCAAGAUGAGAAAAGAAAGAUUAGGACAAAAACACAUCUUAUUCUUACCAACAAGCCUUAAAGUGAAACAGGUCAGUUUGAUUUGGAAAGAAAAUCUGGCUCGCCCCUCUUUCAGCCAUGUUUGAAUCUUCAUACGUGUCACUGUCUUGUACUUUUUCUCUUAUUUUCAGCUUCAUUUUGGUUGUAAAGUGUUUGAUCCAAUUCUUUUUGUGCAACAUCUCACCUUUUUGACAAGACCAAAUAAAACCUGAUUAUUAACGCACGACUUCUGUUGUCCUGCAAACUGAAACCAAAUUUACCCAACUUUGUUCUUUUGCUCAUUCUGCAGUCAGAUUUGUUUUUCAAAACAAUAAUUGCUAUUAGUUGGUUUCUCCACUAAUGGAUUUAAAAGUGAAUUAACAACAACAAUAAUAAUCUUUUCUAUUUAUUUGGUCCAUUUAGAGAUAAUUAAUCCAGUUUGAGUAGAAUAUUUGGUGUUACUGCUCCUCUUUCUGUAACUCUGAGGGCUUUCAGUCAGGAAGUUACAACUGCCCUUUGUGCUAAAACAAAAUAUGCAUUUCAUCUCCCUGAUCAUCUAAACUUUAUUCCUUAAGGACCACAGGAUCGCACUGUAUGGGCUUGAGAUUAUGCUUUCAUUCAAUCCCCACGGUUGCUUAAGAAGGCGCUGCAGAGUCAGAAAUGACACUUUUGAAAUGUUACUCCUUUCUUUCUGAAAAUCUUGUAUUUUAGUGUCUGUGUCAUUUAAUUUUAAUUUUUUUUUUCUGUUUUUGGUCUGGAAAAAUGUGAUUUCUUAAAUGAUUUAAACCUAAAAGCCACAUCUAGUUUGUACAAGCAGUCUUUUUGUUUGUCCAAUUUGUUUCCAAAUGUUGAUUAAAAACUGAAUUUACACGA